GGGUCUGACAGUCGGAAGGCGGAAGUGGAGUUUUAGCCUAGCGCGAAUUUUCUUCCGAGGGUCUUAAGUUUGUCUGUUGAUACCCGAGCUGUCGUUAGCCGUUCCCGGGGAGAGGAAGAGCCGAGCUGGGCUUGAAUACAACCAGCGUUACAUGCAGAGCACAGAGCCAGCUACCGGCUCACAUCUUUAAAGACGAGGAAUGGCGCAUGCCGGAGACCUGAUGGACGGGGAUCUGGAAGACGGAGAGAUCUCCGGGUCCAACUCGGAGUCUGAGAUGGGAACCGUUGCAGCGGAACCUCGAGCCCAGGUCCCCGCAGCGUUCAGCGGCCGGUCCUUCCACAGCAGAGCCGCCGCCCAGCAGUCUUCCGCCGGCUACCGGAGCACCGGGAGGACGGUGGAGUCCAGCGACAGCGACCCGGACUCGUCGGACGAGGAGGCGGCUGUUUGGCGCAAGAAACGCCAGAAAGUAUGCGACGCUCCCCAGCCACCUGCCAGCGCCACCCGGGCGGAGCCGCAUCGCGUGGCCGCCCCCGGCGCGAUGGGGGGCCGCAAGGUGAACAACAUCUGGGGCUCUGUGGUCCAGGAGCAGUGCCAGGACGCCGUGGCUGCGGAGCUGGGCGUCUUCGGCAUGGAUGGGGAGGUCAGCAUGUCCAGCAGGAACGUGGAGACCUAUAACUUUGUCCUGGCGCGUAAGAUGAUGGAGAAGGAGCGGGAGGAGGCCAAUCAGUCGAAGAACGACGGAGAGGUGAGCAUGCUGGACGCCCAGCUGGAGGACUACAUGAACGAGCGGAGGUCCCAGGAGGGGGCGGGAGGGGACGCCAAGAGGAAGAGGCCCGCUAAAGACAGACUGGGCCCCAGGGCGGAGAUGGACACCAAGGGCCGCUUUGAGAUCUCAGAGGACGACCCUGAGGACAAGGUGACGGAUGAGAUAGCGUACAGGCUGCAGGAGCCUAAGAAAGACCUGAUAGAGCGCGUGGUCGCCGUCAUCGGGAAGAAGAAGGCCAUCGAACUGCUGGGAGAGACCGCCACGCUGGAGGAGAGCGGCGGCGUGUACACGGUGGACGGCAGCAGGCGGCGGACGCCCGGCGGCGUGUUCCUCAACCUCCUGAAGAACACGCCCAGCAUCAGCAAGGCCCAGGUCCGGAAGAUCUUCUUCGAGGAGCAACAGAGAGACUUCAAGACCAAGAAGGCCGCCCAGAAGAGGAGGCGCCACAUGGUGGCCAAGAAGAUGAAGCAGGCCAUCGGCACGCUGGACCUGCAGGAGCACGACGACGUCUCCAGGGAGACCUUCGCCAGCGAUACCAACGAGGCCUUGGAGUCCCUGGAGGAGCCCGCGGACGAGGAAGAGGAGGGUCGGGAGGAACCGGCUGUUGGCAUCGAGGAGACCCCUGUGGUGUACAACUCCGCAGACCUGGAGGUCUUCUGAGCUCUGGGGGGUCUGAACCAGGACAUUUAGGAUUUAAAUUAGACACAACACUGAAAGAACUGUCCAAGGUCUGUCUCCAGAGGACAGUGAGCGUCCUUUUUUUGAUUCUUCUCCCAAAGGAGAGCUUCUGUUAACAGGAACGUUGGUUUUUGGUUGGUCCAGCGUGGGUAUGUGGACUUCAGCUACAAAUGUUUGCCUUUUACAUCAGAUCCUUGAUCGUCUAAAACUCACCUAAGUUGUUGGAUCACAUCGGAGUAACAGUAACUCUUGGUGUCAUUUUCAU